CCUUAUAUCCCAUUGACCGAUAAGAACAUUUUGCGGCUAUGCUCCCGCCUUUACCGCUUUCCCAAAUCAUCUCACCGCUCAUACCAACUAGUCCCGUCACUAGGCAGCACGUGUCACUCAAUCAAGGAGACCUCUCGGAAACGCACGAGUAGAGCUCUGUCUCCCUGCUUACCUCUCCAGCUCCCUGCCAGCACCUCCUCCAGCAUCGAUCGCAUACGAGCUCGGACCCGUAUUAUAAAAGAUCGCAGGUUUCCUCCCCGCCAGCUAAGCUCAAGAACAUCGGAGCUAUCACCUGAACUACCCAGCGAUAUCAAUUGGGACAAUCAGUGGAACCAGGAAAACAACUCUACUAUGGCAGCAACAACGUCAACAACCAAAAAACGACGCGCAUCUAGCAAUAGCAAAGACAAAUCUCUAUCUAAAGUACAAAAGAAAGACACUGCAAGCACAACAUUAUCAAAAGCAACAAGCAAUAAAAAGGUACUACAGAAACCAAGCAAGAAAACAACAAAGACAACAACAGCAGCAGCAGCAGCAGCAGCGUCAAAGAAGUCAAUACCCGCAAAAGAUCCUAAGCCUAUAAAGAACAAGAAAGUUAACGUCCCCUCCAAGACUACAAGCAUUAAAAAAGAGGAGGACAAAGAUAAGCUGGUCAAUUGCAAAAACACGUCUAAAGACCCUAUUGUUAUUGACGACGACGACGACGACGAAAAGUCUAACCUUGCCGCUCAAAUCCUUGCCCUAGAACAAGAAAACGCAACUCUAAAAACCAACCUCAAAACCGCAAAAGAGAGAACAAGUUUACAAAAGGAAUACAAUACCUUAUUACAGACUUAUAAAAAGCUACAAGCAUUACACAAUACAACGGAGCAGGAGUUAGCAAAGGAGCGCAAGAAGCAACUACCUCCUUCACUAACAAGUACACAAGGAAGUAGUAACACAGCAGAAGCAGAAGCAGAAGAUUUAGAAUCAAAGAUGCAAACACUACAAAGGAAUUACCUAGCUAUAAGGCCAGACUUUGAUACGUUACAGCACAUGGCAAGGCAGGUAAUACUUAUAAGCCAAAAUAUGCCGCUUUUAAGUCUAGGAGAGUUUGGGACAAAGUUAAAGGAUUUGAAGACUUGUAUGGAGGAGUUGGAAAGGAAGAAGAGGGGUGGUGGUGGUUGA